AUGGCAGAUAUUGUCAAAGCUGGAUGGUUAAUUCGUCGUACAACAGUGUUAAAACACUGGAAACGUGAGUGGUUUAUCCUGACAAACGAUGCUCGUCUACGUCGUAUGUCCAGUCCUGACAAACAAUUCGACAAAGCAGAUGGUGUUUUUCAAUUGAGUCGCUGUCGAGAGUUACGCAUCGGUGCCGAACAAGUAGCAUACGACAUCGAACCGCCUGAAGGAGCAUCACGUGCACAGAUGAUGCAACUUGUUCCUAGUGAAGGUGAUACGUGGACCCUAUGUGCUGAAUCGACUGAUGAUUUAUUAGCAUGGCAAACAUCGUUUGACGAUGUUCGCCAAUUGCACAUUGAACGCUUUCAACAACAACAAGCACAACUCAAUAAUAUUCAAUUACCGCCUGGUCGAUAUGAUUUCGCCUAUUAUCCUGGUGUUUACCACGGUGAUUAUCCCCAUCAAGUCUACCGUGCACCUGAUGGAUCAACGCAUACAGUCAUUUUUGUUGAUCGCGGCACCCGCUAUGGCACAGGCAGUGAUCUAGCAGCGGGCGCAUUAACUGGCAUGGCACUCGGUAGUCUGAUGUGGUGGCCAUUCUUCAUGUUUCCAUUGAUGUGGUGUUAA